ACUCCACCUUCUUCCUCGUUGUCGUGUAUCACGCCGUCUCUCUGUCCUCCAUCCACUAGAAAUUCGCCACGUCACCAACCGAGCUCACGUAGUUGAACAAGGUCCCCUAGCAGGAUCCUUCUCUCUUCCUCUCUCUUCCUCUCGGCGAUGCAAUCGGAGAUCGUUCCCCGCGGCGAUGGAUCCUCCGGCGAGGGGUCCUCCGCCAGUCCGGGGUCGCCGGAGGAGACGCCAUUCCUACGGCGGGUUCCAUCGGAGAGUCGCCGGAGGAGGGUCGUCAGUGAGCCGACGCUCUCAUCCCUUUCAUCGCCCUUUGCCUUUGAAUCCAACUCACGCCGGCGAUCCUUCCGGAGGGACGUGGGGCACGCUGCCGCCGAGACGUUUCUCCUCACUCGCCUUACCCUCAUCCUUCUCCGCUAUCUCGGGGUAGGUUACCGGUGGAUUACUAGGUUUCUAGCCCUUGCUUGUUAUGCAAUUUUACUUAUGCCAGGUUUUAUACAAGUUGGAUAUCACUAUUUUUGUUCAAGUCAGGUCCGUAGAAGUGUAGUGUAUGGAGAGCAGCCAAGAAAUCGGUUGGAUUUAUAUUUACCAACAAAUACUGAUCAGCUGAAGCCAGUUGUAGCAUUUGUGACUGGUGGGGCCUGGAUUAUUGGUUACAAAGCAUGGGGUGCUCUUCUAGGGAAGCAAUUGGCUGAAAGGGGUAUCAUAGUUGCAUGCAUUGAUUACAGAAAUUUUCCCCAAGGGACCAUCAGUGAUAUGGUAAACGAUGCUUCUCAAGGAAUCUCUUUUGUCUGCAGCAAGGCUGCGGACUAUGGUGGUGACCCUAAUAGGAUUUAUUUAGUUGGACAAUCAGCUGGUGCACAUAUUGCAGCUUGUACCCUCUUAGAUCAAGCCCUGAAAGAAAGUGGGGAAGGAGAAAAUGCCACUUGGAGUGUCUCCCAAAUAAAAGUAUAUUUUGGUAUAUCUGGCGGUUACAACCUUCUGAAGUUGGUUGAUCACUUCCACAGUCGUGGUCUCUACCGUUCCAUCUUUCUCAGCGUAAUGGAGGGGGAGGAAUCCUUGAGGCGCUAUUCCCCUGAAGUUGUGGUACAAGAUCCAUAUGUUAGACAUGCUGCUUCUCUUUUGCCUCCUAUAAUCUUGUUCCAUGGAACGAGCGAUUAUUCUAUACCUUGUGAUGCCAGUGAAACUUUUGCAGAAGCUCUUCGCAAUGCUGGUGUUGAAGCUAAACUAGUCUUGUACAAGGGGAAAACUCAUACUGAUCUUUUUAUUCAGGAUCCUCUUAGAGGUGGCAAAGAUGAGCUGCUGGAAGAUAUAAUUUCUGUAAUUCAUGCUGGUGAUACAGUUGCUCUUGCUGAAGAUGCAGUGGCACGCCCAACACGGCGCCUUGUCCCUGAAUUCAUGAUACAGUUAGCUCGCAAAAUAAGUCCCUUCUGAGUAUCCAAGUCUGGCUUUUAGUAUGUAAGAACAGCUAAAAUUAUCAGGAAGUACAAGAGCACAAGUAGAAUGGCAACAUCCGAACUUCCUGUCGACUUUCUUGUGCGAGAAAUUGCUUCUGUUAAGCAAAACCAAGAUUCUCAGAGAAGUUGCUUUCAGAUGGACAACUUACCAAGGAUGUUGAGUAUGAGGGAAUCAUUUUUGGCAUAACAUUUUUGACAUAAAUGCAUCAUGAAGAGCUUGAGAUUUAAUGGCUUCAUCUGUUAACUUUUAUUA